GGUCAGACGAGUAGUGGGUGCCCGCCGGUGUCCACGUCCAAGGUUCAGUUCCAGUUCAGUUCUGUGAAAGUUUUUGUGAUUUUAUAAGAUGGCGCCGACCACCAAAGUCGAAGAUCGCCUUGAAUCCGGACAUCGGCUGUCGCACCCUCCCCCUGGCGAUGAGGUCCUCAUUACUGGCGUGUCCGGAUACUUUCCGGACUCAGACUCCGUUGUGGAACUUCAGGAGAAUUUGUUUAACAAGGUGGAUCUGAUCUCAGGCGACCCCCGCCGUUGGAAGCUAGCCCACCCGGAGAUCCCGCAGCGCACGGGCAAGAUCAACCACGUGAACAAGUUCGAUGCCUCGUUCUUCGGGGUCCACUAUAAGCAGGCCCACACCAUGGACCCCAUGUGCAGGAUCUUGCUGGAGAAGGCGUAUGAAGCUGUUAUUGAUGCUGGUGUGAACCCCAAAGAGCUAAAGAACGAGAAAGUUGGCGUGUUCGUGGGCGCCUGCUUCUCCGAAUCGGAAAAAACAUGGUUCUACGAGAAGAUGCAGGUCAACGGAUUUGGUAUCACUGGUUGCUCCCGCGCUAUGCUGGCCAACCGCAUAUCCUACUGGCUCGGCGUCACCGGUCCGUCUUACACGGUGGACUCAGCUUGCUCGAGCUCCCUCUACGCCCUGGAACACGCGUUCAGAGCUAUCAGAGAUGGCCACUGUGACUCCGCCAUCGUCGGUGGCUCCAAUCUCUGCCUUCAUCCUUACGUCUCACUUCAGUUCUCAAGAUUGGGAGUAUUAUCACCUGACGGCCGCUGUAAGAGUUUCGACAACAGUGCCAACGGUUACGCCAGAUCAGAAGCCAUCGUUGUCGUCUUCCUACAAAAGGCCAAGGAUUCUAGAAGAGUAUACGCCCAACUGCUGCACGCCAAGACAAACUGUGACGGCUACAAAGAACAGGGUAUCACGUACCCCGCCGGGCAUAUCCAGAAGAUGUUGCUUCGGGAGUUCUAUGAAGAGUGCUCAGUGCCGCCGCAGAGCAUGGAGUUUGUUGAGGCACAUGGAACUGGUAAGACUCUUAUAUUCUGUAAACUGUGACAGCUUCAGAGACAGGGUACCUAUCACGUACCCCGCCGGGCAUAUCCAGAAGAUGUUGCUUCGGGAGUUCUAUGAAGAGUGCUCAGUGCCGCCGCAGAGCAUGGAGUUUGUUGAGGCACAUGGAA